GACUUCUGGUACAGGUUGCGGUUCCUUUUGUUAUUGUCUAGAAUUUACAUUUAAAGUUAAGAAAAUGGUUCCUGUUGGAGAUACAUAAGGCUGAAUCAAACUGCUUAGCACUAAUUCCUAAAAGGAAGGAAGAAAAACAAGCUGUUCAAUAACUGUUUAAAGAAAUGCUACAUACGAUUUUCUUUGUGUUUAUUUGUUUUCUUGACUGAACUGAGGGAGUUCCAUCUUCAUUCAAAUCAAAGACAAGCAGUUGGAAACUGGAUACAAGUAUGUGAUGCAUUUGUUCUGAAGGAGUUAAGAUAUUAAGAGUCAUCAUUGUAUCCUGUGAUAAUAUUUGCUUUAAAAAUACAGGUAUUUUAGAAACCUCUGUCAUGAUGCCUUUUUUGUCACAUUUAUAUAAUUAUUGACGGCUGAUAAUGACUUAUUAAUUUCACUCGUAACCAGACUCAUGGUGCUUCUCUCUGGGGCAAGGAAUGUAGGAGGGGAAUCUAGAGGAGGAAAAGGGAAAGGUGAUCUUCACCCCAUAGAAGAAGGAGGAACUGAAAGCAACCUAGGGAAUGGUGCUACAGAGCUGGGUGCAGAUGGAGAAUGUAUUACCCCCGAAGAUGAACUUGAUACAUUGGGAGGGACUGCAAAUCCCCUGCCACAGCUACUCGCUGUGGUUCCCAGUUUGGAAGAACGAAUAAAAAGGAGAAGAAAUGAGGAUGAGGAGUAUGAAGAGUAUGAUGAUUUUUCAGAUCUGCCAGACACCAGGAGCAUUGCAUCAGAUGACUCCUUCUACCCGCCUGAACCGGAGACUUGCGGAAGAUGGAUGUGCAGUGAUGAAGAUGGAGAAGAUGAUGGCAGUUUAGGGUUAGAUGAUGACAGUUUCCAAAGCUGGGAGAGUACUGAGAGCCCUGAACCCCUUACUCUCUUUAAGGCCUGCAGCACUAAUAAUGCCAUAGUGGUCAGGGCUCUUAUGCGCCAAGGCUUAAAUGAGGAGGAAGUACAAGAGACAGAUCAAAACAAUAGGACUGGCCUUCUUGUCGCAUGCUAUCAAGGUUAUGUGGAUAUUGUAAUAGCCUUAUCUCAGUGCCCUCACGUUGAUGUGAAUUGGCAAGAUAAUGAUGGAAACACAGCACUAAUAACAGCAACACAAGCAGGACAUAUCACAAUCACAAACUACUUGUUGAACUAUUACCCUGGUUUGGAUCUUGAGAAGAGAAACGUACAUGGUUUCACUGCUUUAAUGAAGGCAUCAAUUCAAGGAAGAACAGAGUGUGUCAGAGCAUUAAUGCUGGCAGGUGCAGAUAUUAAUGCAGUCGAUCCAAAUCGUGAAUAUACAUCCAUGCAAUGGGCAAGGUUUACAGGGAGAUUUGAAACAGUUUACCUCAUGCAAAAACUACUUGACAAACCCACUCCGGAACAGUUUUGUGAUCUAUUUAAGAUGGAAUGGCCUAAGAUGAAAGAGCUUCUUGCCAAAGCUGCAGAACCCAAGUCAUGUGCACAGAAGAUAUCAGAUUGUAUAAAGUCAACAUUUAGUUUUAAUUACUUCAAUGAGCCCAUGGAAGAUGGAGUCCUUGAUCACAUGGUCAGAACAACCACUAGCAUGAAUAGCCCCUUUGUUGCUAUAGCUUGCCAAACUGUAUGUCCUGGGAGUCCACCAUGUGUUGGGAAGCGCAGGUACUCUGUACAAGAGAUUACUAAGAGGCAGAUGGCUCAAGAAAUAAAAGCUUCAGAACAAAAUCGCAAAGAGAGCUAUGAGAAACUUUUUAAGGCAUCGAGAAUCUCUGUGAUGCCCCCUAAAAAAGAGAGGAGAGCUAGUCUUCAAAUAAGUGUGUCUCAGAAAACAAAUUCAUUAGGCAACAGAAGAACAAGCCUACUGCCUCUAAAUUUACUACGAAGAAGUAGUGUAAGGCCAGGAUACAUCAUUCCUAAAGUACGUAUCAGUAAAGCACCUGCACCUACAUACUACCCAGAGAAAUUACAUCGAAAAAACAGUGCAGACAGCAGCACAUUACAAAUUCCAAAAUGGAGGUACAAGGAGCUGAAAGAACAGAGGAAAAAAGCAGAGGAAGAAGAGCGGUGCAAAGCAGAAGAAGCGGAAAAGCAAAGGCAAUUACAAAGAUCCAGAAUUAAAAAAAGGACUUUCACUUGACAAACCAGUGAAUCACUUGGAUAACCUGGCAGGUUGCCAGUGACAAUAUGUAUAAUUAAGGAACUUAUGAACUGAAAAUUUAAAACAAACCAUUUCAAAAUAAUGUGCCGAUAUAUAUCAUGUUGGCAUCUAA